AUGGAGCCUUCGGAUACCCGCGUACAGAACGCCUUUGGAUCAUUACCGGUGGAGCUGUUCUUGAAUGUCUUAGACCAAUUGGUGGGCACGCGCGACGGCCGAGUACCUGUUGCCUACUCACCAUCACAUUCGGCAACCAAGGCGCUGCGCGCCCUAACACUGGUGUCGAGGACCGUUUACCUAUGCGCAUCACGAUAUCUAUACGCGAGUUGUCUGUACUUGAACGACGUCACGAGGCAUUCUUACUUCCGCAGAACGCUGGGCCUGGAUCUGGGAAAUCACCCACUAGCUCUUGAAUAUGGCCAGGCUGGGCGCAACGAAGAAUUAUUCCGCGAAGCCGACAUCCAGCGACAUCUGGUCUCUCUAUUCAUCUCACCUGCUAGAUCAGAGAGGUGCGGAAGGACGCCUCCGAUUCGCUUGCCUCAGGUCAUAGAUGUGUGUCUUACCGUGGGGUCUACGUUAAAGCGGCUCGCCAUCGACCUCAACCCAGUCUACGUGCCAGCCUCAGAGCAGAUGGUUAUGAAGCCCUAUUGCAGCAGUCACAAUAUAUUCCUGCAUAUGCCGAACCUGGAGGAACUCAUAUGCAGCUAUGACACGUCGGACUAUUUCCGAUAUCCGCCGCCCAAUCUCAAGCGUUUGGCCAUGACUGCGAACGACAUAGAACCGGCUCAUCUCGACUUCUACUUCAUGGUGUCCUCUUUAGAGACGCUGUUCAUUCUUCGUCCAAAAAUACUCCUUGCCAGACAUAUCGACGAGCUGUUUAACAGGUACAAUGGCAGGCACAUUGACAUUGUGUUUGUGGAUGUGAACGACAAUCAUCUCACGCCAAAGUACACCCGGGACUGGACACCCGAGGAUCGCGUCACGAUAUGGGAGGCUGAUGUGCCGAAGAGCUUUUAUGGCGACGACGAUGAUCUGAUCUUGUGCGACAACUGGAUAUGGGAGCAUGGAGUGUACGGCGGUCUAUGGGAUCAGGAUAAAAGAAGGAUGCGGAGUUGGAGCGAGAUUGAGAGGACGCUGGCGGAGCCGGCGCUGUAA